GAGAACUGCAGGGGCAAGCGGGGAGUCCGGCGGCCUGCCGUUGAGCUUGGUCAACAUGAGGAAGUUUUGGGCAAUCGGUCUAUGUUGUAUCUUAUUGGCUUUCGCAUCUGUACAAGCCGAAGAUGAAGUCGAAGUGGAUGCAACUGUAGAAGAUGAUAUUGGAAAAAGUAGGGAUGGAUCUCGAACAGAUGAUGAAGUUGUUAGCAGGGAAGAGGAAGCAAUCCAGAUAGAUGGACUCAAUGCUGCUCAAAUUAAGGAACUCCGGGAGAAGUCUGAGAAAUUUGCAUUUCAGGCCGAAGUCAACAGGAUGAUGAAACUAAUCAUCAACUCUCUUUACAAAAACAAAGAGAUCUUCCUUAGAGAACUGAUUUCCAACGCAUCUGAUGCUCUUGAUAAGAUCCGGUUGAUAUCUUUGACAGAUGAAAAUGCCCUUGCAGCUAAUGAAGAGCUAACAAUAAAAAUUAAGUGUGAUAAAGAGAAGAAUAUGCUGCAUAUAACUGAUACUGGUAUUGGUAUGACAAAGGAGGAUUUAGUAAAGAAUUUGGGAACUAUUGCCAAGUCUGGAACUAGUGAAUUCCUGAGCAAGCUCACUGAUGCACAAGAAGAUGGCCAGUCUACCUCUGAGCUAAUUGGACAGUUUGGAGUUGGUUUCUAUUCUGCCUUCCUUGUUGCUGACAGAGUAAUUGUGACUUCAAAGCACAAUAAUGAUACACAGCAUAUUUGGGAAUCUGAUUCAAAUGAGUUCUUUGUCAAUGAUGACCCUCGUGGUGACACCUUGGGCCGAGGAACAACUAUUACCCUGGUGCUAAAAGAGGAGGCAACUGAUUAUCUUGAGCUUGAGACCAUUAAAAACCUAGUGAGGAAGUAUUCUCAGUUCAUCAACUUCCCCAUUUAUGUGUGGAGCAGCAAGACUGAGACAGUGGAGGAACCUCUUGAUGAAGAGGAAGCUAAGGAGAAAGAUGAAGAAACUGAUGAAGAAGCUGCAGUUGAAGAAGAAGAUGAGGAAAAGAAGCCUAAAACCAAAAAGGUUGAGAAGACCGUUUGGGAUUGGGAGCUGAUGAAUGAUAUCAAGCCUAUUUGGCAGAGACCAUCUAAAGAAAUUGAAGAAGAUGAAUACAAAGCCUUUUACAAAUCCUUUUCUAAGGAAGCAGAUGAUCCUAUGGCUUACAUUCAUUUCACUGCUGAAGGAGAAGUCACCUUUAAGUCAAUCCUAUUCAUACCUACCACUGCUCCAAGAGGUCUUUUUGAUGAAUAUGGCUCCAAAAAAAGUGACUUUAUCAAGCUGUUUGUCCGAAGAGUAUUUAUUACUGAUGACUUCCAUGAUAUGAUGCCAAAAUACCUAAACUUUGUCAAAGGCGUGGUUGAUUCAGAUGAUCUGCCUUUGAAUGUUUCAAGAGAAACCUUGCAACAGCACAAACUACUGAAGGUUAUUAGAAAGAAACUAGUCAGAAAGACACUGGACAUGAUUAAGAAAAUUGCUGAAGAUAAAUAUACUGAUAAAUUCUGGAAGGAAUUUGGUACUAAUAUUAAACUUGGUGUAAUUGAAGACCAUUCAAACAGGACCCGUUUGGCAAAACUUCUUCGCUUCCAGUCUUCCAAUAACAAAUCUGAGACCACAAGUCUGGAGCAAUAUGUGGAAAGAAUGAAGGAAAAACAGGAUAAGAUCUAUUUCAUAGCAGGAGCUAGCAGAAAAGAGGUCGAGUCCUCUCCAUUUGUUGAGCGCCUCCUUAAGAAAGGCUAUGAAGUUUUGUUCUUAAUUGAACCAGUUGAUGAGUAUUGCAUCCAGGCCCUGCCAGAAUUUGAUGGGAAGAGAUUCCAAAAUGUUGCAAAGGAAGGCCUUAAGUUUGAUGAAAAUGAAAAGUCAAAGGAGGCACGGGAAGCAUUGGAGAAGGAAUAUGAACCACUGCUGACAUGGAUGAAAGAAAAGGCUUUGAAAGACCAGAUUGAAAAAGCAGUAGUAUCCCAGCGUUUGACACAAUCUCCUUGCGCACUAGUAGCCAGUCAGUAUGGCUGGUCUGGCAAUAUGGAAAGGAUAAUGAAAGCUCAAGCAUAUCAGACAGGAAAAGAUAUUUCCACAAAUUAUUAUUCAGGCCAGAAGAAGACAUUUGAAAUAAAUCCAAGACAUCCUUUGAUCAAGGAAAUGUUGCAAAGAGUAAAGGAAAAUGAAGACGAUAAGACUGUAGCUGACCUUGCAGUUGUACUCUUUGAAACUGCCACCUUACGUUCAGGAUAUCAUCUGCCUGAUACUAAAUCAUAUGGAGACAGGAUUGAAAGAAUGCUGCGCCUCAGCUUAAAGAUUGACCUUGAUGCUCAGGUGGAAGAAGAACCAGAAGAGGAAGAACCUGCUGCAGAUGAUGCUGAACAGGAUGAAGAUGUGGAAGAGGUUGAUGCCGAAGAGGCUGAGGAAAAAACACAAACCGAAGAAACAGACACACAGGAAUCCACAGAUGUAAAAGAUGAACUGUAAAUUCCAUUCAGACGUCCACUUGGAUCCAGGGACUUUUUUUGUUUUUGUGGAUGGGAGGGUUUUUUAGUUUGGAUUUUUUUUUUUUUUAACAUUCCUCAUGAAUGUAAAUUUGUACUAUUUAUGAGUAUAUUGAUGUAAAACCUUUCAUGUUACAAUAAAUGUUGAAAACGCCAUACUGGAUUUAGCGUCCAAAGCUGAAAAGGGAAUGUCAAUUUAAACUAGGAAUAUGAGCACUUCAGGUUUAAAAACCUCUUCGUCUAGAAGAGGCAUUAUGUUUUAUAUCUUUUUAUCCUGUGAAACUGUCUGAAAAUGAUAACAAAGGGUGUCACCAAUGGCACUGUCUUGAGACAUGCUGAAAAAUAGUUUAAGAAAACACUACAAAGAGCUGGUCCUGAUGCAUUUGUGAACUGUAAACAUUCUGUAAAUAUAAUUUUGUGGAAAAUGGCACUGUUAAGCAUAAAAUGAUUUAAGUGCAACAAUCUGUAACUUUUUUUGGGUUACUGUUAUGUGUUGCAGGCAGACUCCACAGCAGUUGACAACAAUAAAGUUGAGGUGACUUUGUUUCUAUAAUGAA